AAUGAACCAAAAAGCUAACGACGCCACAUAUUGUCCUUUUCUACAGUGAAUCCAAAAACCUGAACACUCAAAUCACCUUGUAACCAAAUUAAUUUAAAUCAUGUAAUUAUUGAGUAAUUAUUGUCGUCAUGUCCGAUGCAAAAUAGCAUGUGUUAUAACAAAACUAAUACUAAUUUAAAGGGCUGUGUUAUACAAUAAUUCCAUUUCAAAUAUUUGCUGCUCAAAAGAAUCGUAGUGGCACUGUCCUGUCAAAGAAUCGGAAUCGUUCGGUUCUUUUCAUCCCGUGUGAGAACGUAGACGCCGGGCUCGAGUCGACUGACUGUGAGCGCCCGCCUCUGGAGGACAUGCGCCGGGGACUCGACACGUGAUCCGCUCGCCACAAUCCAGUAUGGCGGAACUGGUCGGUGAGUGGAUCCGUCGUUGGCGCGCUCUCCAACGGGAAUAAAGUCCGGAGUGUUGCGUCCGAUCACGGCGGAGCUGCGAAGAGUUUAAUCUUUUCAAGCAAAGAGGAACUGACACACAGUGCUGGAUUACGCCAGAGGGGGCGCUAUGAGCCUCUAAGAUCAUCCGUUCUUUCCUGUCCCGUACCUCUUUUGACUCGUCUUCCCAUUCAACUGUGGAUUCAACUGCCCCAGAGGAGCCUUGAGGUGUUUCUCACAUCCUCAUCUGCCAGGACACACUCCUCUUAUUAUCAACCCAGUCACUUCAGAGAAAGCGGCCACCGUCGCCACAAUGACUUCCCACAGCCGCCCAGAUGGACUUCCCAGUCAAGAACAUCCACUGGAACUUCUGAAGCCAUCUGGAGUCAACCACAUUCCUCCUGUUGAUGUGAGUGCGGCGCUGCCACUGCAAGUGCCGCCUUCUGCCAUCCCCAUGGAUCUGCGUGUGGAUCACCAGUUCGCCCUGGCGCCGACGGACCCGGCCCAGCGCGAGCAGCAGCUGCAGCAGGAGCUUCUGGCCCUCAAGCAGAAACAGCAGAUACAGAGGCAGCUCCUGAUCGCAGAGUUUCAGCGGCAGCACGAGCAGCUCUCGCGCCAGCAUGAAGCGCAGCUGCACGAGCACGUCAAGCAUCAGCAGGACCUCCUGGCCAUGAAACAUCAGCAGGAGCUCCUGGAACACCAGCGGAAGUUGGAGCGCCAUCGUCAGGAGCAGGAGCUGGAGAAACACCAGCGGGAACAGAAGCUUCAAUUACUCAAAAACAAAGAACGCGGCCAAGAGAGCGCUGUGGCGAGCACUGAGGUGAAGAUGAGGUUGCAGGAGUUCGUCCUCAACAAGAAGAAAGCGCUGGCCCAGAGGAGCCUCAACCACUACCUGCCCAACGACCCGCGCUACUGGUACGGGAAAACCCAGCACAGCUCCCUGGACCAGAGCUCACCGCCUCAGACAGGGAUUUCCACUUACAACCACCCGGUGCUGGCAAUGUACGACCCCAAAGAUGACUUCCCGCUCCGCAAGACGGCAUCUGAGCCCAACCUGAAGCUGCGAUCCAGGCUGAAGCAGAAAGUUACGGAGCGCAGGAGUAGUCCGCUGCUUCGGAGGAAGGAUGGGCAGAUCACCACUGCAAAGAAGCGUUCUCUCGACAUGGCAGAAUCGGCAUGCAGCAGUGCUCCUGGCUCCGGUCCAAGUUCACCCAACAACAGUUCAAACAAUAUUACCAAUGAGAACGGCAUCGCUGGAUCAAUGUCCAACAGUCCCGUGGAGCCAUCUUUGGCGCACAGACUCGCAGGCAGAGAGGGUCCUGUUAGCCAGCUGUCUCUGUACACAUCGCCCUCCCUUCCCAACAUCACCCUGGGCCUGCCAGCCACCGGCCCCUCCAGCGUGGCGUCUGGCCAACAGGAUGGUGACAGAAUGGCUGUGCCAGGCUUACAGCCAGGAAUACCCAUAACCACUCCGUUCAUGCCAGGAGCCCACCUGCCUUCUUACCUGGCCGCGUCCAGCUUAGAGCGGGAGGGCGGCUCGGCACACAACACUCUCCUGCAGCAUAUGGUGCUUCUGGAGCAGUCGGCCGCACAGAACUCCCUCGCAGGCCUGGGGGGCGUGUCCCUGCAGUCACAUCCCAUCCACAAGCUCCGGCAGCAUCGGCCCCUGGGACGCACACAGUCGGCCCCCCUGCCCCAGAACGCCCAGGCGCUGCAGCAGCUGGUGGUUCAACAGCAGCACCAGCAGUUCCUGGAAAAACACAAGCAACAGUUCCAGCAGCAGCAGCUUCACAUCAGCAAGAUGAUGGCUAAGCCGAACGAGCCGGGCCGACAGCACGAGAGCCACCCGGAGGAGACGGAAGAGGAGCUGAGGGAGCACCAGGGGCUGGACGACUCCACGGAGGGUCAUCCUCACGGGGUCACCAUCAAACAGGAACCGCCGGAUGAACUGGAGGAAGAGUUCCAGCAGAGAGAGAGACAAGCCGAGGAAGAGCUGCUCUUCAGACAGCAAGCUCUUCUGUUGGAGCAACAGAGGAUCCAUCAGCUGAGGAACUAUCAGGCGUCUAUGGAGGCGGCCGGACUGUCUGUGACCUUCCCUGGCCAUCGGCCCCUGUCCAGAGCACAGUCGUCCCCGGCCUCUGCGACCUUUCCCAUUGUGGUCCAGGAGCCACCAGCCAAACCGCGCUUUACCACCGGUCUGGUGUAUGACUCCCUGAUGCAGAAGCACCAGUGCAUGUGUGGAAACAGUAACAUCCACCCCGAACAUGCCGGACGCAUCCAGAGCAUCUGGUCACGUCUGCAGGAGACGGGGCUGCGCGGCCAGUGUGAGUGUAUUCGAGGCAGGAAAGCCACUCUGGAGGAGCUGCAGACGGUCCACUCUGAGGCUCAUGUGCUGCUUUACGGAACUAACCCUCUCAGACAGAAACUGGACAGCUCAGUGACACCGAUGUUCGUGAGACUGCCGUGUGGAGGAUUCGGGGUUGACAGUGACACUAUCUGGAAUGAAGUUCACUCGUCCAGUGCUGCUCGUCUGGCUGUGGGGUCUGUGGUGGAUCUGGUGUUUAAGGUGGCUUCAGGAGAGCUCAGGAACGGCUUUGCUGUGGUGCGACCUCCAGGACACCACGCUGAGGAGAGCACUCCCAUGGGAUUUUGCUAUUUCAACUCGGUGGCCAUUGCAGCCAAACUCCUGCAGCAGAGACUCAACGUCAGUAAGAUUCUCAUUGUAGACUGGGAUGUUCACCAUGGCAAUGGGACUCAACAGGCCUUCUACAGUGACCCUAAUGUCCUGUAUGUGUCUCUCCAUCGCUACGAUGAUGGGAACUUCUUCCCUGGCAGUGGAGCCCCUGAUGAGGUGGGCAUUGGUCCAGGCGUGGGCUUUACUUUGAACAUGGCCUUCACCGGUGGUCUGGAGCCACCAAUGGGGGACGCAGACUAUCUAGCAGCAUUCAGGACGGUGGUGAUGCCCAUUGCGAAUGAGUUCGCUCCAGACGUGGUGCUGGUUUCUUCAGGCUUCGACGCUGUGGAGGGGCAUCCACCACCUCUGGGAGGAUACAUGCUCACCGCCAAAUGUUUUGGCUACCUGACCAAGCAGCUGAUGGGACUGGCCGGUGGCCGGCUGGUGCUCGCGCUGGAGGGGGGUCACGACCUCACCGCCAUUUGUGAUGCCUCGGAAGCAUGUGUUUCUGCUUUGCUUGGAAACGAGUUGGACCCUCUUCAUGAAGAUGUGCUUCAACAGCGGCCGAACCCCAAUGCCAUUCACUCCAUGGAGAAAGUUCUGGAAGUCCACAGUAAAUACUGGCGCUCGCUGCAGAGAUCUGCCUCGACUCUGGGCUACUCACUGCUGGAGGCUCAGAGACGUGAAACUGAAGAGGCAGAGACGGUGACCGCCAUGGCCUCGCUGUCUGUGGCCAACAAGCACAUGGGAAAGAGGACAGAGGAGGAACCUAUGGAAGAGGAACCUCCAUUGUAGAAGGUCUGAUCGACUGCCUUGGUGACCCUCUCGGCUCAGAGCCUCUUCAAGGCCUCUGACGUCGCUCUACUCUCUCCAUCCGUUUCAUUUUCUGUCCCACGAUGUGCGCACUUUGAGCACGGGAUCCGAAACGGCCUGAAGAAAUCUCCAUGACACCCAGAGUGCGACAAACGUCUGAGCCAUGUUAGACUGUCUCUGUCCGUGGCAGAACGUCCGGGAUUGUGUAACCUGGUCUGUCCGCAGGGACGCUUAACUUUUGGGCAGGACAUAGACUCACGAUUCAUUGUUAGAUGUGAGAGCUGGUGCUUUUUCAUUAUUUUCCAGAGCCACUAUAAGACUGAUUUCGGCUGUUACGGCCUAUGUUUUUUAUUUGUCGACUCUCUCUGUUUGUUUGUCUGUCUUUCUUUUAUUCUUGGAGAAAAAAGUGACUCGUUCCAUUCGCAGUUCGAGUUACUGCUUAACAUGGGUGGAUGAUUUGAUUGGGAGAGAGAUCGAAGGAUUCUGGGAAGCCCAACAGAAAGUUGACAAUGUGAGUUUGUGCCUUUUGCAGAAGAGUUUCCAUGAUGGAUCCAGAAGAACAUUGCCUUAAACUAGUUAAAAGAGGGAAAAAGUUUUGCCGUCUCAGUUAUUCUUGACACCUGACGGUCAAAGGCUGGCCUGAAGAAUCGAGAAACCUUCAGCAUGUUUACCAGGAACUCCCUGCAGAUAUCUUCAUGUUUCACACGCAUUAUGACAUGUUUUAUGUUCCUUCAUUUUUACUGUGCUUGUGUUGGAUGUUACAUGACGUUAAGUGUCACUGACAAACUAACUUUUAAGGUAGUUGCCAACUAUCCGAGGGCAAAACGUUCGAUUGAAUUCUCCAGCGCUUUAAACGGCAAGCCAAUGUAGCGACUCGUUUCAACUCUAAUGACCAAAUACGCACCUCCCCCUCUGAAAAGUUGACCAGCAUGCAGCUUUCCAUCAGUUAAGAAUCCAACCGUUGUAGUUUAACAGCGCCGACAAGCAUGAGUUAGCUGCGAGCGUAUAGGAUUGGGCGUCAAUCGAUUUGUAGUUUGAGACAAACUUUCUAUUUUUCCUUCUCUCGACAUGUUGUACUUUUAUAUAGCUAUGAAUGUCUAGUAUUUCGGUUACUUUAUAGUUAAUCAAAGGGCACUAGAAUAUCAACACUAUUAUUCUACUCAGCAGAUGGUCAAUUUUAUUGACGCCUUUCAAACAAGCGGAAAAGGGCUGGUUACCGAUUUUAAAUGUACCACUGAGCCUUCAGACGUGCCACCUGGUGAGAUUUAGUGCUGGUUUCCUGCCGACAGACCUGAGCGAGGAGGGUUAUGGGCCUUUCGCUAGGGGCAGGUGCUACCUAACAUGUGCUCGUCACAUAACACAAUCCAGGAAGUAGCGGGACCACCAGCUUCCACUCAGAAAACAAUCGUAAAAGCGUCUCUUGAGACAACUGUGAUACUCAAGACAAUCUGCAUGGAGCGUUGACGAAGUGUCGGAGCCAUGGCGGUACUUCGAAGCGGCACAUAGAACUGUAUAUAAACGCAAUGAUGCAUGCUGACAGUAGAUCAUUUGGCUUGACUUUGAUUGUACAUUCAACUUUUUGAUUCUGGACUGAUGAAGAGGCGAUCAUUUGUUUGAAAACCCCUGAUUAAUGUUUAGCCUCUCGGCAACUACCUUUGGCAUUUUUUUUCUGUGUGUCAUGUUCAAUAUGAGACGCAUUAAGGCGGGAGUUUUGACUCACUGUUGCCAUUGUUCCUCGACUUCAUUUUUAUAAAUGCCUGUCACGUAUGACUACUCCACUUUGGGUUCGUGCCCAUUAUUUUGGACUCGUUUGUCAUGUUUUUAUUUUCUUUCUUUUGUACUUUUUGGAUUAUUUACUUGUUAAUUUGUCAGUCUGUAUGUAGUUGACCAUGUGUUUUACAUAUGUCUUUAGUUUCUUGUUUUAGAGAGUAACACGCCUUUUUUAAUUUGGUUUAUCUUGUUUAGUUUUUUUGUAUGCGGUGGGAGGGAGAUGCUUUUACUUUGUAUAAUGAUUCCGACAAUUGUGUAUUUACUACGUUCUGUUUAUAGUAGAUUUAUAUUACAAAGAUCUAUAGAUAUAUUAUAUAUUAUAAAGAUUGCUGACUCUAAUAAGAAAACUAGUAUUGCAAAGUGAUAUAUUUCAGUAUGUGGUCUGGCUUCGGCUGUCGCUGGUUCCACUGAAGGCACUGUUUAUUGGUUUCAUGCAUUCGCAGUAGCAUUACUCUGCCACCGUAAACUCUUGAUCAAACACAUCUUCAUGGUUUCAGGCUUCAGUUUGACAGAGUGCUCUCUUAACUCUAAAACAAAAAUAUUAUGGACUGACACUGUACAUUUCCUUUGGUUAAAGUCCAUUCGGAUAUACUAACUAGAGCAGAUGCUGACAUCACAAUGAUCCUUCUUUGUGGUACAUCAAAGAUGGAUUUCAGUUAUUUUAGCGUAUUUUUAAGGUUUGGAUUACUUUAGCCUGUCAAGAACAUUUCCCAGUCAUAUUUCACCCAGAAAAAGGACAUAAGAAAUUAAAUUUUGCUUAAAAAAAAAACAAACAAAAAAAACAAGGAGCCAAACAAACAAAACAGAUUCAACCAAUGGUGUGUUUUGGGGUGUGUGGCUGUUUGUUUGUUUGACAAAUGGCAAACAGUUUGAAAAUAAUCAUUAUUUUAAGCUGUAGAAUUGCACACACAUUAAAAAAAAAUGAUGUAGAGACAAUUAUCACUCGUACAUUGAUAGUAAAUGACAAAUGAUUACAAAGAAUCAACACAUUGAAUGAAAUUUUAAAGUAGAAAAAGUAAAAAAAAAAAAAAAAUCUUGUAAAACAUGCUCUAAUAAUUUUAGUUUUAUCUUCAAACAAUCAUUUGCACUUCAACUUGAAUGUGAAAUAAUACGAUAAUUUAAAUAAAAUGCUCAUGAGAAUCUAAUGAGAGUUAACAAAAUACUGAUAAGGAAAAUGUCUGUUUAAAUUAUGGUAAUGAUAUUUGGGGCGUGGAAAUGUGCGUAAUCAGCAUGAAAAUAAUUUAAUAAUGCAAGAAAUCCCCACCCCCCAAAAAGCUUCAGUUUCUUUAUGCAAAAUAUAAUUUCUUAUUUACCUCCUUUUGAUUUAUGGGGUGAAAUUCUACCUGGAAAUUGUUUUGUGACUUUGUUAGUGUUUAAUUUUGCGGUAAUGAUUCCAGCAAUUGUUCUCUUGGUUUUUUCUGUUUUCUGUAAAAAUCUUGUUACUUAAAUCAAGAUUAUCUAUUUUGGAGCAUUUUUGCAGUAUCAUAUCCAGACGAAGCCCAUCGAUUCUCAUCUGAAAUACUUUCAAGAAUGACGUGCGAAGGCUGACACUGAUUUGAAAGUGUCCUGGAAAUGUGAAGCGACAUUCCCAAAGACUCUCAUAAUAGUAAUACUCAACCGGACCAUCACUACAAACCACUCUGCAAUAAUACUAACGGCAGCCUAUCAGUACAGUCUUGUCAAAGGGACACUUCUAUCUGGUUCAUCCAGAUUGCUCUUGUUUUGUAAAAAAAAAAAAAAAAAUGCAUUCCAUCUGUUUUUCCUUUUCCUUUUUUUUAUAAAAGCUUUCUUGUCAUUCCUGCUUAUCUGCAAUGAGGUCUGGCCAGUUGUUUAUUUGCAGGCCGAAGUGAAGUUUCUUUCAUUCUUUUUCCUUCAUAGCUGUAGAUUUGUGCAUGGUUUGUGCGUCGGCAUGCCUGUUUGUCUUUGUAACAUAUUUGCACAACGGAGGAACACGGGAGGGUUGAGGCUUUGGAGAACGCAUGGGACGGAAGCUCUUCUUUCCUCCUGUUUCUGGUCAGUACACAGACGGAUUGAUGCUCUUGGUGUCCGACAGAAUUGCUUUUUACUUGUUUAAAAACUGAAUGAAAGAAAAAUUACUUUUGAAUAUUUUACAACAACAAGAAGAAAGUUAUCUAGCACUUGUGACAUAAAGACUAUAGACUUUAUUGUAUUUAUGUAGAGCAUUGUUUUAGGUGAACUACACACUAUGCCACAUGUUUGACUGUCUGUGAUACUUAUUUUGCUUUCGGUUCUCUUCUGAUUUUUUUUUUUUUCUCUAUUCUGCCUCUGGACUUAUUUUUGGGGCUGGAGGAAGACUAGGAAAAGAUUAGGGUUGUUCCUUUAAAAACAUCUGGAAUCAUCAAAGGGCUCUUUCCAGAUGCUCACUAGAUAUAUCUUCAGUUCGGCCAAAAUAAAAAAUAAAAAAAGGAAAAAAAAACACUUAUCAGCCAGUAAUACCUGUGACCACUGUGGCUCAAGAACAGUUCUAGGUUUACAAAAUGUAAGAAAUGCAUAUUAUUUUUGUCACUUUGUUUUUCCAUUGUUACAAUAGAACUUUUCUUGGGACCUUUGCUCUAACGUUUGUCUUUGACAUCAGCUAUAAAGUACCUUGUUUUUGAAUAACACAA